CAGUGUGGGCAACAGAGCAAGACUCUGUCCAAAACAAAACAAAACAAAAGCUUAUCAGAGAGACGAUAAGGGAGCAGUGAGGACCAAGGCAGUCUGGAAAGCACAUGACCCAUUUAAAGAGGGCAUCUCAAGUCAGCGCGAUAAUCUGUAAGAUACACUGGAAAUCUAGAUAUUUCUGUAAACAAGAAAAGAGGCAGUAGUAAACAAGUUAUCUUUGUGCUUCUAGAACGAUGCCAUGUGCAGAGUCAGGACUUGGUAAAUAUUUGUAAAGCAAUCUCAUAAUGUUUUUGACACUGGCAACUUAAAACACAUGGCACCAAGGAUGGACACGGAUGUCCCGCUAGCCAGCUGUGGGGUCCAGGUUUGCUCGUCCCAGCAGAGGGGUUGAGGGCGUGAGCUUGGAGGUGGAAGCCCAGCUGAUGUGGGGGCCUCAGGCUCCUGGUUCUACGUGGGGUGGGGAUCGUUGCUUUAUUAGGCUAGGGUCAUUAGAAGGAUUAGAGGGGUAAGAAUUCCUACUCCUGCUGCAGAGAAGCCCCCAGGUGGGGGGGUCAGGAAGUGGGGGAUGGAGCUCAGAUUCUUCGGUUAACUGUCACCCUCUCACCUCCCCCCUCACACACACCAGGCCCUGCCAGGACAAGGCAGCUCCUCAAAGCUCCACCAGGACCCACGUGCACCAGGUACCACACCACGCCGCUUCUCUCUUCCUGCCAGGAGGGCUCCCGCUCCGCUCCUUCCCAGCCAUCUUCCCUGCCUGGCCUUGGUCUAUCCCUCUCUCUCUGUAUCUCUGUCACCUUCACGCCUGUGCCAUCUUUCUCGCUCUCCACCUCUAUCAACUCUGCUGUGUGUCUCCCUGGGGAAAGUAGGGGCGCCUCAUCCUGAGCCCCCUGCCUUGUUCCCUGCUGGGACGGGAGCUACUUCAUCCCACACACACUCCCUGUGACCCCUCCAGGAUUCCAGCUGUCUGCAGACACCAUUCCUGGACUCUGCCCAGCCCACCAGGCUUUGCUGGGGGAAGUGACCUGAGAGAAUCGCCUGGGCUGUAGGUAGAGACAGGGCAGACCGCUGGGGCUGGAGCCUCUCUGGAUGGGGAUGGAGGCACCCUGGAGAAACGGCUCCCCACAUGCCCCUCACCACGCCCCUGGGACUAUGGGCACUUAGGAUACACCGGAGGCAUGAUGUGUGGAGGGGGUUGGCCAGCAGCCAAGCUCAAAUUGGGGUUCAGAUCUGAGGUUAGUGUGGGCUCCUCUGAGCCCCAGCGACCCCCUUCUCCCCACCCACCUGGUGACAGGCAUCUGGAACCCUCGGCCCCCAUGGACCCCCUGAGGCGCUCCCCCUCUCCCUGCUCAUCCUCGCGGCCCUCCAGCCCCAGCACCCCACCCUGCGAGAUGCUUGGUCCCGUGGGCAUCGAGGCUGUGCUGGACCAGCUGAAGAUCAAGGCUAUGAAGAUGGGCUUUGAGUUUAACAUCAUGGUGGUGGGGCAGAGCGGGCUGGGCAAGUCCACCAUGGUGAACACGCUGUUCAAGUCCAAAGUGUGGAAGUCAAACCCGCCAGGCUUGGGGGUGCCCACACCCCAGACGCUGCAGCUGCAUUCAGUGACCCAUGUCAUCGAGGAGAAGGGCGUGAAGCUGAAGCUGACAGUGACCGACACGCCCGGCUUCGGGGACCAAAUCAACAAUGACAAGUGCUGGGACCCCAUCCUGGGCUACAUCAACGAGCAGUACGAGCGGUACCUGCAGGAGGAGAUCCUCAUCACCCGCCAGCGCCACAUCCCAGACACCCGCGUGCACUGCUGUGUGUACUUCGUACCACCCACUGGGCACUGCCUGCGGCCCCUGGACAUUGAGUUCCUGCAGCGGCUGUGCCAGACUGUAAAUGUGGUGCCUGUGAUCGCCCGGGCAGACAGCCUGACCAUGGAGGAGCGAGAGGCCUUCAGGCGCAGGAUCCAGCAGAACCUGAGGACUCACUGCAUUGACAUCUACCCCCAGAAGUGCUUUGACGAGGACAUCAAUGACAAAAUCCUCAACAGCAAGUUACGGGACCGAAUCCCCUUUGCUGUGGUAGGAGCUGACCGAGAGCACCUGGUGGACGGGAGGUGUGUCCUGGGCCGGAAGACCAAGUGGGGCAUCAUCGAAGUGGAGAACAUGGCGCACUGUGAGUUUCCUCUCCUGAGAGACCUGCUCAUCCGCUCCCACCUCCAAGACCUGAAGGACAUAACCCACAACGUGCACUACGAGAAUUACCGCGUCAUCAGACUCAAUGAAAGCCACCUGCUGCCCCGAGGGCCAGGCUGGGUGAACCUGGCCCCAGCCUCCCCAGGACAGCUGACCUCCCCCCGGCCCUUCAAGGUCUGCAGGGGGGCCCACGACGAUUCUGAGGAUGAGUUCUGAGCACCGGCUAAUCCUGGGCCCGCAGGGCUUCCUGAGUCCCCAGCGGCCCUCAACACACAUCCGUGUAUCCGAGCAUUUAUUAAAUGUGGACCUUGCUUUUUGUGAAAAGCUGGGCUUUGAAAACAAAAGGCAUUUUGUAAAUGACUUCUUUGAGCUACCCACAAAUAAAAGGCCGGGUCUCACUCUGUUACCCAGGCUGGAGCAGACUGCCGCGAUCAUAA